AUGAAAGAGGACAAUAAGUCAAAUGAUGAUCCAAAAACAGAAAAUUACAAAGACAAGUUCAAAGAGAGGAUCAGUACUGUUGCGGUUGUAGCAACGUUGAUCAUGACGGUCACCUUUGCCGCGGGUUUCACAGUCCCUGGAGGUUACAAUAGUGAUGGCCCACACAAAGGUAUGGCUACAUUGUUAAAGAAGCCUACGUUUAUUGUUUUUGUGAUCUGCAAUACCUUGGCUUUGUAUCUGUCUAUCGUCGUUGUGGUGAACAACGUCUGGGCUCAGUGGGGUGACAACAGCUUGUUGAUUAUUGCGGUUAACUUAAGCGCACCAUUGUUGGGUAUAGCUCUCGUUUUGAUGGCCAUAGCAUUUGCAGCAGGUUUGUACUCUGUGAUACUUAAGCUUCAGUGGCUUGCCUUCUUGGUCUUGGUCAUUGGAGGCAUCUUUGUUUGCUAUAUCGUGGUUAUCUUUGUUCUAUUCCUUAUCCCAAAAAUGUCCAAGUAUCCUGUUCUGCGAGAAAUCAUCAGGUGGGCCGUCAAUCUUUUGAUCUGGGCAUUUGAUAGAUUCUUCGACAAAAGGACUGUUCACUAGCAUUGGUGUUAUGGGUAUUUGGUGUUCGCGAGCUUCAAUCUUUUGACCUGGCAUCAUCUUGGGAUCUUCCGUUUUUUUCUCCCACCAUAGUUUUGGUGUACCAUAUCUUUUUUUUCCAUAUUUUGACUCCUCUUCCCCCGUUUUUUUCUGUAUCAUCAGUUUGGUUUUAUUUUGUUUCCUCCCUCCCCCAUUUUCUUGUUCCCCUUGCUUCUUUCGCUUCUUUCUACCCCCUCCCCCCAUCUGUGUUUUUGGUUUUACUUGUAUCGCCCCUUUCUCAAUAGGUUUGGUAAGUCUCUCUCCUUUCGGGUUGGCUUUCAUUGGAUAGGGUCUUUGUCCUUGCUUAGCUGAUUUUGGCUUUGUCUAGUGUAUCUGUUCUUCUUUUCUGUUUAAAUAUACUUCCUUUCAACCAAAAAAAAAAGCUUGGGAAGACGUUUCUUCUUUUGUUUGGAUGUUAGGGUUUGCAACUGUUUCCUUUUGAUCCAUUGAGAGGGAAAAGAACUCUUAUGGUAUGUAUUAUGGAUGAUAAUAGAUUUUAAUGUAAUAUUAGUGUAUGUGAUAUAUUGUAUCAGUGUUAUAUCAUCACAAUCUUAUUAUUAUUAAGAAAGAUUAUAUUUGUGA